AUGUCUCUAUGUCCAAUGAUUACUUCAAAACGUUUAAAUUUAGAAGAAGAAUUUAAAGAAGGAAGGGAAAGAUUAAAUUCUAAUUUAUCUACAAGUUCCACGCCUGCAACUGGAAGGGAAAUUAAAAGAAAUUUAAAAGAAGAAUUUAGACAAAAUUCAAAAAGCACCAAUAAAUUUGGGUUGCAAAGAAAAAAUUAUUUGAUUAAAGAAAAUUUAAAAAAAGUUGGAAGUUUGGAUUUAAAUUUAACUAAAAGUGAAGAAGAAAAAGAGGAGGAAGAAUCAACAUCUUUAUUAAAUGCGCCUCCUAUUGAAUUAGAAAAAGCAUCUGAAUUAGUUCACAUUCCCUUUGUAUUGGACCUCCCUCCAAGUCCACCCCCUCCAGAACCAGAACCUCCUUCAAUGAAGACAGAAGUAUUACCUACAAUAAAUAAAGCAGAUGAAUCUAUUGUUGAAGAUCCAAGGCCUUCUAAUGUUGAAGAAGCGUUACCUCCAAUUGCUAGGGCUGUUGUUAUGCAUGAACAAGUUGGAGAGCAAACUAAAGAUUCAAGUACAGAAGCUCAAGUAGCUCAGAGAUUAUUGCCUUCCUUUACUCCUUCCGAUAUGUUAGGAAUUACAAAAUCAGAAAUGACACGACUUUCUCCCGAACAAUUUGUGAAUGAACAACAACAUCUUCUAUUGCCUGAAACUGUUCAAGCUUCUGUAGAUGAAAAUGCCCCAGAAGAAACUACUUUCUCUUCUGCUGAUGAAUGGGAUCGUUUAAUGAAUUUAGCAUCAACAGAGCAACUUCCAAAUAUUGUUAGUUAUGUAAGACAAAUGAUUUCUGAUGUUCCUCAAAUUCCUUCUUUGGAAAGACUUUCAAUAUCUGAAGAAGAUGAAUUAAUAUUUUUUGCUGAUACUGAGGCAGAGGAAGAAGAACCCGCUUUUGAAAUUGAUUUGGGUGCUUUUGAAUUAGUUGAUGCUGGAAUUAGUGCAGAAGAAUUAUUAGCUAAUGAAGACCCUGUAAUUUACCAUAGAGACAUGCCUGUCCAUUCUGUUCAUCAUGAUACUGUUCAGACAGAGGCAGCCAUUCAAAAUUUAAUGAAUGCUUCUCAAUCAAUGUUAUCCUCUCAAAUUCCGCCAACAAUGGUUGCAGACAAUUAUUGUUUUGCUGUAGAUGCUGAUAAAAUUCAAAUGGAUGAUGUUUUGGGCGAUGAACAUUGGUGGAAACACACAUCUAGACCUACUAAAUAUUUUUAUAGUGAAGAUCUUCGUCACUUCUACCGAGUUAAUUUAUUAACUAGUAGAGGCAAAAUUAUUUCUGCUCGAUUAGCCAAUACAACGCCAGCAAUGGGAGGUGCUGGUUCUGUUGCAGAAAUGUUGCCACCAGAAAUGUCUCAACAACAGAGAGGAGAUUUUGGACAAACUUCCUCUUUUUCAAUGCCAAAUACGGCAAGACGUUCUUUAACUUUUUGUACAGGAAGUGCUGGAAGGCCUUCUUUUGGUGUUUAUUUAAAAAACAUUAUUUCUAAAUUUAUUUUUAAAAAGCAAUUCCUUCUCUCGAUCCUUCACAAAUUAUUCCCCCUAAUGUUUUACCUUCACUUUCAUUAUUUCCAUCAACUAGUGGAUUUGUUGGUAGACAUUCUAUUGCUCCUUUUUCUUCUUCUUCUUCUACUAGUCAACAACAACAAGAUCAACAAAUUACUCCAACAUCUGGAGGUCCUUGGAAGCAACCGGAAAUGGCACAACGUGGAGAACCUAGUUGUUCGUUUCUAUUCUUUUUGGCGUACUUGUACAUCAUUCCACCGUAUUGUAACAAUGAUUGAAAGAGUAGGGCAACCUCCUUCAGACACACAAACACAUGGAGGAUAUAGUCCAAUAAUUGGAGUAAAUCCAUUUGGAGAAGGCCCUUCAACAGCAACAAUAAGUUCUGUUCAAUCAGACAAAUCAGAUUCUUCUUCUGCUGCCAAAUCUACAAGGCCGAGUUCCUCGCCUUCUCGGAGCAUUCCAGACUUCCAAAAACGCCGUUUAUUUGUUCAAUAUUUGUGGAAGAAUAUUAAAUCAUCAGAUAAAAUACGUGUACAACGUGAAUUUGAUCCGAGAAGACAAAGACUUUUAAAAUGUGUGGCCGAUUCUGCAGCUAGAAAAAGAAUGACUGGGGCUAAAUCACAGUUUAGAAGUGGAAGUGCUGGACAUUCUAUGGAAAAGCAUUCGCCUCAUCAUUCGAGAUUGCAACCAACACCACCAAAUCAAUCCCCAGCACCUAGAAGUGGCUCUAUUCGUUUUAGACUUCCCCCAGAAGGUCCCCCAACUUCAAGUACUUCAUCAUUAGAUGCUCCUUCUACUUCUUUUACUCGUCGAUUACCACGCCCUCGUUCUUCCGCAGCUUCUCCUUUAAGACGUGCAAAAACUGAAAAUGAUGAUAAUAAUGAAAUAAAUGAAAGUAAUUCUUCUAAAAGAAUUAAAAGUACAAGUAGUAGUAGAAGAUCAACAGAAUCAAAUAAAUCAUCCCCUAGAAGAUGA